AUGAGGGAAAUUAUCAAUCUCCAGGUCGGUUCUUGUGGAAACCAAAUCGGCGGAAAGUUCUGGGAGGUGAUAUCUGACGAGCACGGCAUCGAUCCAAGCGGAUGCUACCACGGCGACUCCGACCUGCAACUCGAGAGAAUCAACGUGUACUACAACGAGGCAUCGGCUGGGAAAUAUGUUCCUCGCACGGUUCUUAUCGACUUGAAGCCGGCUACGAUGGACGCGGUGAGGUCGGGACCGUUUGGAUGCCUAUUCAGACCGGACAAUUUCGUUUACGGACAAAACUGUGCGGCCAACAACUGGGCGAAGGGACACUACACUGAAGGAGUAGAGAUUCUGGAGUCUGCUUUAGAUGUGAUUCGGAGGGAAGCUGAGGGCUGCGAUUGCCUGCAAGGUUUUCAGAUGUCACACUCGCUCGGUGGCGGUACCGGUUCCGGAUUAGGUACGCUACUCGUGAACAGGAUACGCGAAGAGUAUCCCGACAGAAUUAUACUGACCUUUUCAGUAUUUCCAAGUCCCCGAGUGUCGGAUUGUGUGGUGGAGCCAUAUAACACAACGCUGGCGGUCAAUCAGUUGGUCGAGAAUACUGAUCACACGUUCUGUCUCGAUAACGAAGCAUUGUACGACAUUUGCUUCAGAACGCUGAAGCUAACCACACCGACAUACGGGGACUUGAACCACUUAGUCUGCGCCACGAUGUCCGGCAUUACGACGUGUUUGCGGUUUCCUGGACAGCUGAACGCUGAUCUGAGGAAGUUGGCUGUGAACAUGGUGCCGUUUCCGCGCCUGCAUUUCUACACCCCUGGCUUUGCGCCGCUGACGUCGCGAGGAGCUCAACAGUAUCGAGCUUUAACUGUACCCGAGCUGACGCUGCAAAUGUUCGACGCCAAAAACAUGAUGGUCGCGUGUGAUCCUCGACACGGGAGGUAUUUGACCGUUGCGACGAUAUUCAGGGGGCGAAUGUCUAUGAAGGAAGUUGACGAGCAACUGGCGAAUAUUCAGAACAAAAACAGCACGUAUUUUGUCGAGUGGAUACCCAAUAACUGCAAGAUUGCCGUGUGUGACAUACCUCCGAGGGGUCUUAAAAUGGCUUCGACCUUCAUUGGUAACACGACGGCCAUACAGACCAUAUUCAAGAGGGUGUCUGAGCAGUUCGUGGCUAUGUUCAGGCGGAAAGCCUUCUUGCACUGGUACACUGGUGAGGGUAUGGACGAAAUGGAGUUCACGGAGGCAGAGUCAAACAUGAAUGACUUAAUAUCUGAAUACCAACAGUAUCAGGACGCUACGGCUGAUGACGAAGGGGAGUUCGACGAGGAAGCGGAAGAGGGUUUAGAGGAAUAG